CUCCCUGCGUUGGGGCAUAGGCAGCGCUGCCGGGCGUAUAAAAGGCGGAGAGCACGCUGGCCCGGCGCUGGGGCCCGUCGGAAGCGCUGCCGGCUCUUCUCUGCUCUGCCAGGUCCGCAGCCGCAGCGAGGAUGAACACGAGCUUCUUCCAGAUACUAAAAGCAAAAAAAGAACUCAUUCCCCUGGCUGGAGUCGUGUCCUUUGCAGCAGUUGGGGCGCUCUCUUUUUCUGUCUAUUCCCUAUUCAGCAAAUCCGAUGUGAUCAUUAACAAGAGUGGCAAUCCAGAACCGUGGGAAACUGUCGAGCCUACCAAGCCUCAGAAGCUAUUAACAAUCCAUCAGAAAUGGAAACCCAUAGAAGAGCUGGAAAAUGUCAGAAAGCUUACGAAGUAACAAGCUUCUGUUGCCUCAAAAAGGUACCCUAUGAAUCUAGUGGAAUCACUUCUGCACAAACUUGACUACUGAAAUCAGUGUGCGGAAAUGCUUCUGCUACAUUUUUAGGGUCUCCCUACAUUUUUUGGACUCUGGAUGAGGAGUUUCAUGUUGCUUUAGAAGUUGGCAUACAACAUCCACAUAGUCCAAAAAUCUGUCUCAAAUAUUCAUUUUCAGUAGGCAUGAUGUCAAAUGUUGAAUAUUCAGAUGGUAAUUAUAGAUGGAAAAAGCAUUCAGACUUUUUGUAGAAUUUAGUUUUUCUCAAAAUACAUUAAUUUUGUAGUUUUAUAUCUUUUUAUUAAAAUAUAUUUAAAAUUUUUACAACAUUCCAUGUAAAUUCCAUAAAUGGAAAUUACCCAAAAGCCCUUCUACAUUGGGAUUCCUGGUCUGCUCCCUCUCUAUACUGUAUUUCAAUGCUGUAUACAGACCAAAUAGUCAUCAUAGUCAGAUGAUGCCUUUGUAUGGCAACAUACAUGGUCAUAAAGUAUACUUGAAUUAAUUUUCUACAUUAGAUGUGAUGACAAUUUAAGUCAAAACUAGUGUUCUACUGCUAAUACUAAAACUUAUACUUGUGCUCACCUUAACCCACUGAGGAGUCCAAUAGGUUAUUUAAGAGUGUAUUUGAGACUGCAGGAUUAGAACAUAAGAAUUAAGCGUGGCUAAAAGGGAAUUGGAAAUCAGAUAAUUUCUGUUGUGUUUAAAUAUUGUUAGUGUUUAAAUUUAGAAAAAGUUACUAGAAUUAGGAAACUUGCAUUAUCCAAAACUAAUUACGUAAUGUUAAUUUAUUUUUAUGCAAGGUAGUUCAUGUGCAAGCUCAAAUGUACUGCGCAGUUAGCGAUAUUUUUAAACAUUUCUAGAUACAUGCUAUUAGGGACAUUUGCUUUAAUGAAGAGAAAAUAACAGGUUAAAAUUAGGAUGAUUCUAUGAAGAGACAGUUCCUCUUUAAGCAUCUGUGUGUUUUCUUAUGGGUUGGCCAGGGAAAGAAUGUAAUGGGCAGACCCCCAGUAAAUUAAUGAGGCAAUACAUGCAUCCAGUGGUAGAACAGUCCUUUUGUGGAUAUUUUCAGUAUGUGUCCCCCUCCAAGCAGUUUCACAAUAUAUUACACAGUUUCUUUUACAAUGGAUCUGCAGAAUGCAUAUUACUUUCUUUGAGGAAGAAAGCAAAAGUGAAACAACUUCUAAUUGGAGAAAGUCCCUGUAAGUCGGAAAUAGUGAAGUGCUUUAGAUUACUCUGCUGCAGCAAAGACAAAACUUAAACUAGUAAAGCUGUCUCAUGAAUUUCAAGGUAGCUUGGCUUCAGAAGCUUUGUUUUAUUCAGAUUUCUUGAUGCUGGGAAAAAAAAAGUUAAAAUGCUAUUUUAUCCCAUACUUCUGUGCAGAUGCAGCGUAAAUAUUUGUUUAUCAAGUAAGGAUGACUCAGCAGUAUUUAUGUUUAAGAGUAAGAGGAACUACAAGACUUCAGAAUAUGUUCUUAGCUUUCAUGAUAAGGAAUGACAUUACAACAUGAUUGGACAGCAUAUAACCACAAAAAUCCAGUGCUCCACAGAAUACAAGUUUUAAGUAUCUUAAUAGAGAAACAUUUUAAAAUAUUUUCUGUAAGUUAUUCUGUAUUUCCGUAUUUUUACUGGACUGUAUCAAAUAAAAAAGUGCUGUGCUCUUGA